AUGGCUGCGUAUCGCGAUUCGACGAAGUCUUCACGUCUACCGGCUGAACUUUGCUGCUUGACAGGACUCUUCAUUGAGGCCUUCAACUACCAUGUCGGCAAGCCGUUGUCCACGGGGCCGGACAGACGUUUCGAUGCCAAAAAGGACACACGCUCAAAAUUCCUACCAAGCUCCGGAUCUGUACGACCAGGUUUUCAGGCCAGAGAUUAUCGUGAGGGUCAAGGCCCACCCAUAGGGAUCAUAAUAAGGACAUAUUGUGAUAACUUCUGUGCUCUAUUGAGCUUUAUAAAUGCAUUCCAAGGCUGUUGUCGUUCUAAAAUUGGGGUUCCUAAGACUUCAUCAAGCGAAUCCACCGCCGCAACUGCAAAAUUCAAUGCUAGUUCGCUUCCUGGCCACUUUGAGAAUAUCUUCCAACCGCGUUUAGAAAUGAAAUUAAUUGUUCAACAACAUGAAUCUAUCAAAGGAGUCCUCGAAACCCAGUUUUAUCCUUUUAUCCCAGACGAGUUCGUAUCUUGAUAUCGCAGCUCUUCUAUUUCUGGCCCAAAGUUGCACCGCCUUAGAGAGACUUGUCUCUUGGACGCUUACGCACGAUGCCCGAACCGAGUCCGGGGUUCGACUGAGGAAAUUAUCAUGGCAGGGUGCACCGAAAGCAACGAUUAUUCUAGGAGUCCUCGAGACUCAGCUUCUCUUCAUCUCUUCUGGACAGUCGUCCGAGCAGGGGCUACCGGCAUUGGCGGGGUCCCAGCUGCCGUCAUCGGUACAGGCAAUAUGAGGCAGGAUGAAAUGAAAAAACUCUUCUGCACAACUACACGGGCCACAGGCACAGACGCCGGUUGGACCAAGCAGGAGGGAGGCUCUAUCUCUCUCUCUCUCUCUCUCUGUCAAUCUCUUAGUCCCUACAAAUCAGUGUCUGUUCUGAUAAUGUGGCCGAAUGGCUCUGCAAAUGGCCAACUCCAUGACUGGGUAGCCCUGCCGAUGACGUCUAAUUGGCUGAGGGGCGUGUUUUCACACAUGACUGGUCUCGUAAUUACGCUCACGGACACACUGACAGUCGGGCAAAGAUGCACAAAGCCCGACCCUGACGACCCUGACGACCCAGCACCCUUCGCUUCAGCCGGUUUGACCCAUCCUUCAAAACGCGAUGCCCAUUGCGACUCUGUUCGCAGUGGCCUAGUGACAGAGUCGGCUUUUAUCGGUUAUGCCUCAGCAACUAUCGUGUUUCCUUCACAUAGGCUUUCCUUGACCUGCCAGCAAGUCCUCCCACCUGCAGGGGUCGGACUCUAA